UUACGUCCUCGCACAGUCGCGCGCACACAUACACACAUCGCAUUUUCAGUCCCCCUCUAUCUCUCUGUUCCUUUCCCCAAUUCUUAUCACACUAAAAACAAAAAACCCAAAGGUAACCCUAACCCUAGUUUCACACUAUCUACACUUCAAGAACACCGAAGUUCUCGAUUUUCUGAUGGAUUCUCAGGCGAACAAUCUCUACGAGACGGCGUCGCAGCCGGACACCGGCACCGACGCGUACACGUUCCUCGAUUUCAACACGCAGGGCGAAGAUUUCGAUUACCCUGAAUUUCAAGAACUCUCGCAGCCAAUUCGAUCUUCAGUAUGGCCCACACCUUCCGAUUCCGUGUCGGACCAUGCCGAUAGAGCCACAUCCGAUCACCAGUCUGACGCUUCGCCGGUCUCCACCACCUCCGGGACGGCCACGAAGGGACGGGGUGGUGGUGGUGGAGGGGGAAGUAGUGGUAAUCAGGCGAUGGUGGAUGCCAUUGCGGCGGGAAUGAGUGGAUUGAAUUUUGAAGAGACUGGGGAUGAUGAAAGUUACGAGUAUGGUAAGGGUGAUUUCACGGAACACGCCUGUCGGUACUGUGGGGUGCAGAAUCCAGCGUGUGUGGUGAGGUGCAACGUGUCGUCCUGCCGCAAGUGGUUCUGUAAUUCGCGGGGGAACACGUCUGGGUCGCAUAUUGUUAAUCAUCUGGUUCGCGCCAAGCACAAGGAAGUUUGUCUUCAUAAAGACAGUCCCCUGGGAGAAACUAUCCUUGAAUGUUACAACUGUGGAUGCCGAAAUGUGUUCCUUCUUGGAUUCAUCUCUGCCAAGACAGAGAACGUUGUUGUUCUUCUUUGCAGGGAGCCUUGUCUGAGUGUCAAUGCUUUGAAGGACAUGAAUUGGGACCUCAGUCAGUGGUGUCCUCUUAUUGAUGAUAGAUGUUUUUUGCCAUGGCUUGUUAAGGUCCCAUCUGAACAGGAGCAGUUAAGGGCACGCCAGAUCAGUGCUCAACAAAUAAAUAAGGUAGAAGAACUUUGGAAGACAAAUCCUGAUGCUACCCUGGAAGAUCUUGAGAAGCCUGGUGUGGAUGACGAACCUCAACCCGUAGUCUUGAAGUAUGAAGAUGCAUAUCAGUAUCAAAAUGUGUUCGCGCCACUCAUUAAGCUCGAAGCUGACUACGAUAAAAUGAUGAAAGAAUCUCAAAGCAAAGACAAUGUCACAAUACGGUGGGAUAUUGGUCUCAACAAGAAGCGUGUUGCAUAUUUUGUUUUCCCAAAGGAAGAUAAUGAGUUGCGCCUUGUACCUGGUGAUGAGUUGCGGCUACGUUAUUCAGGAGAUGCAGCUCAUCCAGCUUGGCAGUCAGUGGGGCAUGUGAUAAAAUUGACUACCCAAGAGGAAGUUGCACUUGAGCUUCGUGCCAGUCAGGGAGUACCUGUUGAUGUGAACCAUGGUUUUAGUGUCGACUUUGUGUGGAAGAGCACAAGCUUUGAUCGGAUGCAGGGGGCAAUGAAAACCUUUGCAGUAGAUGAAACAAGUGUUAGUGGGUACAUUUACCAUCACUUGCUAGGACAUGAAGUUGAGGUUCAGAUGGUCCGUAAUGCACUGCCUCGUCGUUUUGGUGCACCAGGUCUUCCAGAGCUCAAUGCAUCUCAAGUUUUUGCUGUAAAAAGUGUGCUUCAGAAGCCAAUCAGUUUGAUUCAAGGUCCACCCGGCACUGGGAAAACUGUCACGUCUGCAGCAAUUGUGUAUCAUAUGGCCAAGCAAGGGCAAGGGCAGGUUUUAGUUUGUGCUCCAAGUAAUGUGGCUGUUGACCAGCUAGCUGAAAAGAUAAGUGCCACUGGUUUAAAGGUUGUAAGACUUUGUGCAAAAUCAAGGGAAGCUGUAAGCUCUCCUGUUGAGCAUUUAACGCUUCACUAUCAGGUUCGACAUCUUGACACAUCUGAUAAGAGUGAACUUCACAAGUUGCAGCAACUGAAAGAUGAACAAGGAGAACUGUCCAGCAGUGAUGAGAAAAAAUAUAAAGCGUUGAAGAGGGCAACAGAGAGAGAGAUAUCUCAGAGUGCUGAUGUCAUUUGUUGCACUUGUGUUGGUGCUGGGGACCCUCGAUUGGCAAAUUUUAGAUUUCGCCAGGUACUUAUUGAUGAGUCAACUCAAGCAACUGAGCCCGAGUGUCUUAUUCCCUUGGUUCUUGGGGCGAAGCAGGCUGUUCUUGUUGGUGACCAUUGCCAGCUCGGUCCUGUUAUUAUGUGCAAGAAAGCAGCUCGUGCUGGGCUAGCCCAGUCUCUAUUCGAACGUCUUGUGCUACUUGGUGUGAAGCCGAUUAGGUUGCAGGUUCAAUACCGCAUGCAUCCAUCCCUUUCAGAAUUCCCCUCUAACAGCUUUUAUGAAGGUACACUUCAAAAUGGGGUGACCAUCAAUGAGAGGCAAUCAUCAGGCAUUGAUUUUCCUUGGCCUGUGCCUAACCGGCCCAUGUUCUUUUAUGUCCAGAUGGGGCAAGAAGAGAUAAGUGCUAGUGGAACAUCUUAUCUGAAUAGGACUGAGGCUGCAAAUGUUGAAAAAAUUGUGACUACAUUCUUAAGGAGUGGUGUAGUUCCUAGCCAGAUCGGGGUUAUAACACCAUAUGAGGGACAGCGAGCAUAUAUUGUGAACUAUAUGUCAAGAAAUGGUGCUCUAAGACAACAACUUUACAAGGAAAUUGAGGUUGCAAGUGUAGAUUCGUUCCAAGGGAGGGAAAAAGAUUACAUAAUUUUGUCUUGUGUGAGGAGUAAUGAACAUCAGGGCAUUGGAUUCCUUAAUGAUCCACGCAGACUUAAUGUUGCACUGACGCGUGCUCGUUAUGGUAUUUGCAUAUUGGGGAACCCUAAAGUUCUAAGCAAACAACCGCUAUGGAAUGGCUUGUUGACACACUACAAGGAGCACGAGUGCUUGGUAGAAGGUCCUCUGAAUAACUUAAAGCAGAGUAUGGUUCAAUUUCAAAAACCAAAAAAGAUCUACAAUGACCGCAGACUUUUCUUUGCUGGUGGACCUGGAAUAGAUAGCUUUGGCUCUGUUACCUCAUCAAGCCUGAAUUCUGAUAGGAGGAGCAGUCGUUCUGGGGGUUCUUAUAUGCCAUCUGGCCCGUCCAGUGGUACCCAUAAACCUGGAGUACAUCCUACUGGUUAUCCAGUGCCUCGGGUUCCUAUAUCACCAUAUCAUGGUGGCCACCCUUCCCAGCCAUAUGCUAUUCCAACUCGCGGAGCUGUACAUGGACCUGUUGGAGCAGUUCCUCAUGUUCCCCAAGCAGGAAGCCGGGGUUUUGGUGCUGGGCGUGGCAGUGCUGGUGCUCCCAUUGGCAGUCAUCUUCCACACCAGCAAGGCUCUCAGCAACCCAUUGGAAGUCUUGGGCCUAGUUUCAACUUUCCUGGUUUGGACAAUCCAAAUAGCCAGCCAUCUGUGGGUGGACCAUUAUCUCAACCUGGAUUCGUUUCUAAUAUGACUGUUCAAGGUCCAAGCCAAACAUUUCGUGAUGGAUUUUCUAUAGGGGGCAUGUCUCAGGAUUUCUUGGGCGAUGACUUCAAAAGUCAGGGAUCACAUGUUCCAUAUAAUGUAGCUGACUUCUCCACACAGGCUUCUCAAACUGGAUAUGCUGUCGAUUACGUUACACAGGGAGCACAAGCUGGAUUCCCAGGAAGCUUUCUAAACCAAAAUUCUCGAGCUGGAUAUUCUCGUUUUGGUACAGGAAAUGAUUUCAUGUCUCAGGAUUACAUGGCUCAUGGAUCACAAGGUCUGUUUACACAGGUUGGAUUCAAUGAUCCAUCACAAGAUGACACUUCGCAGAGCCACUUUGGAGUGACGAAUGCCAACCCACUUCAGUCUCAGGGUUUGUUGAAUCCUCUCUACUCCCAGCCUUUUGCUCACUACAACACGCAGCCAAUGAACUUGCAGGGUCCACAGCCCCAGCAGGGGCAGAACACCCAGAAUCAGAAACUUCACUACAAUGGUUGAGAGAUUGAUUGUGGGUUUUAUGUUGUGAUGGGUUGGUUAUAUCUUUUGCAUCCAGCAACUUGGUUUGUUCCAUCAUGUGUGUCCAAUUUAUGUGCCUUGAGGUGAAGGGUCGGUCUUUCAAUAACUGAGUCCGGUUUGAGAAUACAACCCUCAGAAGUUGAUUCUGAAUAAUCGGAAUCAGAUGGUUUGAGUUGGCAAGAAGCUGUUCUGCAGUUUGGAGCAAACAAAGGCGGCACAUCUAGAGCUGAGAAAGUAAAGGAUAACCCACCCCAAUUAUUGUCUUCAAGUUAUGAUAUGACAAAAUACACUCCUGGGAGUGAGCAUUACAUGGCACGGUGUUGGGAAGGGAAGCAGAUCUAAUUGGAUAACUUACGGCGGUGGGAAGCUUAUUAUUUUAUAUAGAGGAGCUAUACCACUGAUUUUUGUACAGCCUGCUGGGUAUUGUGGCUUUACCCUUCCAGCUCUCACUGACAUGUGAACUAUACUACACAUUAGUUUUAAACAGACAAUGAUGAUAUGAUCCCAGAAUUUGUAGGUAUUAUAGUGGUAUAUUGUGGUUGGUUUGCAUUGAAUGCUUCAAAUAAUGAAUUGUAUCAUUGAGAGAGAGAGCGUAAAAAUAGUGAAAUGAUUUUGGAAGUGUUCUAUUUGUUGUUUUCUUCUUUAGAUUAUCUGCCCUGCCCGCUGGUGUCGUCUCUCUCACCAACUACUUUGAUGUAUAUGUUCAUAAUAUUACUUGCAAGAUUGUUUGGAAUGUAUUUGACAAUAGAAUAAUACACAAUUAUCUUUCUAGACAAGAAUAAAUAUUUUUUUAUGUUUCCA